AUGCCCUACAACCUCCUGACCCCCACCGACCUCGAAGCCCUCACGCUCCGCCACCCACUACCCGACAGCACCAUCUGGACAUGGAACGACCCCGACCCCGUCCCCGUCCCCGCGCGCCCCCCCACCCCACCGUCCCCGACCGGCCCAACAGGAACCGACACGCCCUGGUGGCCCUCCUGGGACCCCCCUUCCCCUGCCCCACCCCCGCGCCCACACUCACACCCACGCCGCGCCGAACACACACAGCAGCAGGACAGAGCGUUGACCAUCUUCUCUCUUUUGCUGGGUCAGAGCCCGAGGAGGGGGGGACGAGCCGCAGGCGGCACAGGUGGUGACGCUGCUGGGGACGGCGCAGCUGCUGGAGCGGCUGGCGGGGGAGCUGGGGGCGGCGAUGGGGAGAGGGUGUGGGCGGGGGUGGAUGCGGCGCUUACGGCGCUCGUGGUGCUGGGGUGUGGGGGUGCGAGGGUGGGCGCGGUGGGGGUGGGCGCGUGUGUGGUUUGUUAUGCGCGGGUGGCGGAUGUGGUGUUGAGGCCGUGUGGGCAUUUGGUGUUGUGUUCGGGGUGUGUGUUGGUUGAGAAGGUUGGUGGGAAGGGUGCGGGUGCGGGGAAGAGACGGCAGGCGGUGUGUCCGGUGCCGGAGUGUGGGAGGGCGGUGGAGGAGACGCUCAAGACAUACCGCGGCUAA